AUGUGCCUUCGAAUGAGAUUGUUUAUCAUCGUCAUUGCAACAUCCUGCAUGUUAUGGCCAUUUUGUGGCUUCAAAGAUAGGAUAUCUAUAAUUAUUUUGCAAGGUGGUGAUGUAGCAUACUGUCCUAAAGGUGUAAAUUGUUUCGGUAUUGAUACUUGUCAGAAGUAUAGUAGUCCUUUCGUCCAUUCCUGGACAAAUGGAUAUAUGUUAUACAAUACUACAGCAUGGACUUCUAGAUCUCCUAGAAGUCCCAUGACCAGAGUCCCAGUGGCAUAUGCAAUUGAAAUUGUGGAAGGCACAGCACUACAAAUUAUUGAAAAACGUUAUAGUGAAUUCCUAGAUCUUCAUAAAUCGUUAAAAGAUGUCUGUCGAAAUUUACCAAAGUUUCCUAAAAGAACAUUAAUGAAAAAUAACCCUAAAGUCGUUGAAACUCGUCGAAAAUUAUUAGAAAUUUAUUUACAGGAUAUAGUAAGCCGUGGCGAUAGAAAAAUCAAUGCCGUAUUACAUGAAUUCUUAGGGAUAGGCAGCAAAAGCCGUUCUAAUAGUGAUAAUAAUUACAUCCUCAGUGGAAUGUAA